AUGACUGGUCUUGAUGGUCAGUCAGAGAACCCUGACCUUCUCUCGCCACCCGAAACUGCAUCCGGAUUUUCACUUACACCUGGAAGUGAACCUGAGGUACUUCAGAAGUACCCGGCCCAAAAGCCCAAUCUGCUUGAGAAGCGGCGCCCUGGUAAUCGUGGAGGCAAGAGUAAGGGGGUUAGCAAGCCUCAAAACAUUGCAAUGCAGCAGGUGAUAUCAACAACACUGCAAGCCGCGAGAGAAAUUCUGUCCAGGUCAGAAUUGGAGGGGACUCGGUUUGGUUAUAUUGUCAACAGAUGGACCGCUCCUGUUCUGGACCGUAAUUCGGUGGAGUAUCCAAACGUCGCCACUGUGGUUAGGGUCCUGCAAGGAGACACAUAUGACCGGGCCCUCGAGAUGCAAGAUGCUGGCAAAACCAGCGAUCCCAUGCCCGUAUGUGUUCUCAACUUUGCCAAUGCAUUCGUCCCUGGUGGGGGCUGGCUCAAUGGUGCUAGAGCCCAGGAGGAACAGCUUUGCUACCGAAGCACGCUCAUUGAUACUCUCCAUACCCGGUUCUACCCAUUGCACGAUCUGGAGGGCCUCUAUUCACCUAAUGUGAUUGUUUUCCGAAAUAGCGUGGAAAACGAGUAUAGCUUCAUGUCGGCGCACAACAAGCUACACUUGAAUCCCACUGUCAGUGUUAUCAGCAUGGCAGCACGGAGCGGGCCUAAGUUGACCGCCGACGGAUCCACGUACGUGGACUUGGCACAGCGAUAUCUCAUGAUAGCCAAGAUGAAAUUGAUUCUGCGCACGGCAGCACACAACAAUCACCGCCGCUUGGUCCUCGGUGCCAUUGGUUGUGGGGCCUUUCGCCAUCCCACUGAGGAGGUGGCCGAAUGCUGGUAUGAAGUUCUCAUGAACAAAGAGUUCAAGGGUUGGUUUGAGCGCAUUCAUUUUGUAAUUAGAGACUCUCCAACUGAGAACAAUCUUGGAAUUUUCAGAGAGGUAUUAGAUGGUUUGAGCAUGUGA